UCUGUUUCUUCAGAAGGAAGGAGAAAAUGAGCUUGUUCAAGGAGGCAGUGACGUUCAAGGACGUGGCAGUGGCCUUCACGGAGGAGGAGCUGGGGCUGCUGGACUCUGCCCAGAGGAAGCUGUACCAGGAUGUGAUGUUAGAAAACUUCCGGAACCUCGUCUCAGUGGGACAUCAACCUUUGAAACAAGAUAAAUGGCAUCUAGAAAGAGAAGAGAAGCGUUCGUUGAUGAAGACAGCAACCCAGUUGGAGAGAAAUGUGGGAGGGAACAGUCAAAGCGAGCGGAGGACUGUUCAAGACAGAGGACCACAUGAAGAGCUUUCCUGCUGGCAAAUCUGGCAACACAUUGCAAGUGACCUAACCAGGUGGCAGAACUCCAUGAGAAAUAGUUCUCAGUUUCGCAAACUGGGUGAUCUGCCCUGCCAGCCUGGCGCGGGACUGUCUGUUCUGAUUUCUGAAGAUGAGAACUGUGAGCUAAAUUGCAAAGUGGCUGGGCCCAAUGGUACUGGAAACUCAGAGUUUCCUAUUUUGAGAGCCCAAGACUCUUGGAGGAAAACCUCUUUGACUGAGUCACAGAGUUAUCAGAACGGAUAUCAGCAAAUUUCCAUGAAGAAUCUUCUGUGUCGGUGUAAACAGGAUGUUGAUGAGAUUGGCUGGAUUGCACAUCCCCUCGAUCAUGGAAUACAUGGGAGUGACAAAUCUUACCACCAUGAUGAUUAUGAGAAAGACCGCGUGAAGGUUUCAACAUUGAACCAGGAUGGUACAAUUCACACAGGACAGAAACCUUACCGAUGUAAUGAAUGUGAAAAAGCCUUCAGUGAUCUCUCCGCCUUGGAUCUUCAUAAACAGUUACACUCAGAGGUGAAGUCUCACACGUGUAGAGAGUGUGGGAAAGCUUUCCGUUACAGCUCAGUUCUUCGUAUUCAUCAGACGGUUCACGGGGGACAGGAAGGCUAUACGUGUGGUGAGUGUGGCAAGGGAUUCAGUCCAAGCUCCCUUCUGCAAAGCCAUCGGAAAGUCCACACCAUAGAGAAGCCAUUCAAAUGUGAGGAAUGUGGGAAAGCCUUUGGUUGUAGAUCAGCACUUACCGUUCAUGGCAAAGUGCACACAGGAGAAAAACCUCACAGCUGUGAGGAGUGUGGGAGGGCCUUCAGUCAGGUCUCUCAUCUGCAGGACCAUCAGAGGGUCCACACUGGGGAGAAACCAUUCAGAUGUGAAGCGUGCGGUAAAAGCUUCAGUCGGAAUUCGCACCUUCAGUCCCAUCAGAGAGUCCAUACGGGAGAGAAACCGUACAAGUGUGAGGAGUGUGGGAAGGGCUUCAUUUGUAGCUCAAAUCUAUACAUUCAUCAGAGGGUCCACACAGGAGAAAAGCCCUACAAAUGUGAGGAAUGUGGUAAAGGCUUUAGUCGGCCUUCAAGUCUUCAGGCCCAUCAGGGAGUCCACACUGGAGAGAAAUCCUACAUCUGUAAUGUGUGCGGUAAAGGCUUUACUCUGAGUUCAAAUCUUCAAGCACAUCAGAGAGUCCACACAGGAGAGAAACCGUACAAGUGUGAUGAGUGUGGGAAGAGCUUCAGGAGGAACUCCCAUUAUCAAGUUCAUCUUGUGGUCCACACGGGGGAGAAACCCUACAAAUGUGAGGUAUGUGGGAAAGGCUUCAGUCAGAGUUCCUAUCUUCAAAUCCAUCUGAAGGCCCACAGCAUAGAGAAGCCUUACAAGUGUGAGGAGUGUGGGCAGGGCUUCAAUCAAAGUUCCCGACUUCAGAUUCACCAGCUGAUCCACACUGGAGAGAAACCCCACAAAUGUGAAGAGUGUGGGAAGGGAUUCAGUCGUAGAGCGGACCUCAGAAUUCACUGCAGAAUCCACACAGGAGAGAAACCAUAUAAUUGCGAGGAGUGUGGGAAAGUUUUCAGGCAGGCCUCAAAUCUUCUGGCCCAUCAGAGAGUUCACAGCGGAGAGAAACCUUUCAAAUGCACAGAGUGUGGGAAGAGCUUUGGUCGCAGUUCACACCUUCAGGCCCAUCAAAAGGUCCACACUGGAGAGAAGCCAUACAAGUGUGAGGAGUGUGGGAAGGGCUUCAAGUGGAGCUUGAAUCUUGACAUGCAUCAGAGGGUCCACACAGGGGAGAAACCCUACAAGUGUGGGGAGUGUGGGAAGCACUUCAGUCAGGCCUCAAGUCUUCAGCUUCACCAGAGCGUCCACACUGGAGAGAAGCCGUACAAAUGUGAUGUGUGCACCAAGGUCUUCAGUCGGUCUUCACAGCUACAGUCUCACCAGAGAGUCCACACAGGGGAGAAACCUUACAAGUGUGAGACCUGUGGUAAGACAUUCAGCUGGCGAUCCAAUCUUACCAUCCAUCACAGGAUCCACACUGGGGAGAAGUCCUACAGAUGUGACCGUUGUGGCAAGGGAUUCAGUAGCAGCACAGGCCUGAUCAUUCAUUACAGGACUCACACUGGAGAAAAACCUUAUAAAUGUGAGGAGUGCGGCAAAUGCUUUAGCCAAAGUUCAAAUUUUCAAUGCCAUCAGAGAGUCCACACUGAAGAGAAACCAUACAAGUGUGAAGAGUGUGGUAAGGGCUUUGGUUGGAGUGUUAAUCUUCGUGUUCAUCAGAGGGUCCACAGGGGUGAGAAACCCUACAAGUGUGAGGAGUGUGGGAAGGGCUUCACUCAGGCUGCCCACUGUCACAUACACCAGAGGGUCCACACCGGGGAGAAGCCGUACAGAUGUGACGUCUGUGGAAAGGGCUUCAGUCAUAACUCACCGUUAAUAUGCCAUCGGAGGGUUCACACUGGAGAGAAACCAUACAAAUGUGAGGCGUGUGGGAAGGGCUUUACCCGUAACACAGAUCUUCACAUCCAUUUCCGAGUUCACACAGGAGAGAAACCGUACAAGUGUAAGGAGUGUGGGAAGGGCUUCAGUCAGGCCUCUAAUCUUCAAGUCCAUCAGAACGUCCACACUGGGGAAAAACGAUUCAAAUGUGAGACGUGUGGGAAGGGCUUCAGUCAGUCAUCGAAGCUUCAAACGCAUCAGAGAGUCCACACUGGAGAGAAGCCGUACAAAUGUGAUGUGUGUGGUAAGGACUUCAGUUACAGUUCAAAUCUGAAACUGCACCAAGUAAUUCACACUGGAGAAAAACCAUAUGCAUGCGAGGAGUGCGGGAAGGCCUUCAGUUGGCGAUCGAAUCUUCAUGCUCAUCAGCGAGUCCACUCUGGGGAGAAACCCUAUAAAUGUGAGGAGUGUGAUAAAAGCUUCAGUCAGGCCGUAGACUUUCGGGUACAUCAGCGAGUCCACACUGGGGAGAAGCCGUACACGUGCGGUGUGUGCGGGAAGGGCUUCAGUCAGUCUUCCGGCCUCCAGUCCCACCAGAGGGUCCACACUGGGGAGAAGCCGUACACGUGUGACGUCUGUGGAAAGGGUUUUAGAUACAGUUCGCAGUUCAUAUACCACCAGCGAGGCCACACUGGAGAAAAACCUUACAAAUGUGAGGAGUGUGGGAAAGGCUUUGGAAGGAGCUUGAAUCUUCGCCAUCAUCAGAGGGUCCACACGGGAGAGAAGCCCCAUAGAUGUGGAGAGUGUGGUAAGGCCUUCAGUCUCCCCUCAAAUCUUAGAGUCCAUCUGAGUAUCCACAUUAGGGAGAAACUAUUUAAAUGUGCGGAGUGUGGGAAGAGCUUCAGUCAAAGUUUCCGUCUUCGAGCCCAUCAGAGAGUCCACACUGGUGAGAAACCAUACAAAUGUGACGUAUGUGGUAAGGACUUCAGUCACCGUUCACGUCUUACGUACCAUCAGAAAGUCCAUGCCGGCAAGAAUCGUUCGAAGUGAAAAAUGUGUUCGUGGCUUCUGUCAGGCUGUACGUCAUCACAUAUUUGGAGAGUCCUUGGCUAGUGGUAAACUCUCAAGUGUGGAGAGUGGAAAGGGAUUUCUUCAGAUGGAAUCUAUCUAACAUCCAUUAAAAUGAUGACGUGGAACCAUAAUAACAGGAACAGAACUAAUAUUCAGGGGAGGAAUAGCUUGUAACCCUCUUGGCAAGAUCCAACUGCUGUAGUCUUUAAAUACACGUCCAAAGAUAAUGUGUGAAAAGGAUAUUCGCCAUAUGCUAGCUGGUGGGGUGGGGGCGGUCGGGGAAGCUUCUGGAUUAUUUCCCCUUUUCUCUAACUUAUAUUUUAUACUUAUUUACAGUGAUCAUUAUUUUUACUAAAGCUGUGAAAAGCGAAUAAAAUUACUGACUAAAAUUUCCUGUAACCAAGAA